UGAAUUCUACUGUUCAUAUUUAGUUUUCAAAUAUUCAUUGUUCAAAAUAGCAAGAUAAUGUUGGGACAAUUACAAUAGUUGGUACACCACAGGAGGCUACUCAGAAGAUAAUAAAUCGAGAGCCUUUGAUGUUCCGUGUAACUUUCCCAUAUAGGAAUCCCAUACCAAAAGUUGUUCGAAUAGUCUAUGAUAAUCAAUUGUUAUGUACGGGACCUGAAGAACAACCUAGUCCCCAAUCAGUAGUCAGUCGCAUCGACUUGAAGCAUGUAAUGAACACGUAUACCAAUUUCCAGCCAAGCAAUAUGAAUAAUAUUUAUAAUUUUGACCAUAAUUUCAACAAACCAAAUUAUGCGUCGAAUUUUGGAGGCCAAUAUACACCACAACAAUAUUCGCCUUCAAAUACAAUGAAUAGCUAUCCAAUGUUAUCCUCAAGUUUCCCGAAUCAAGGAAUAAUGACACCCGCCUACACCGUAGCCCUUAGACCAACAGCAGUACCAACAAUACGAACUACUACAACAGAAAUGCCAAGCUAUGAAAUCUCUCCAGUUUUAAAUACUGAUCUGAACACAAUUUGCGGCACUCGUCACUCUGAAACGGAGAUUACGCCACUUAUUUUUGGUGGAGAAGAGACACAACGAGGCGAUUGGCCUUGGAUGGUGGCAAUUUACCUGAAUAAAGCUACUGGACUGAGUUUCAACUGUGGCGGUACUUUGAUUUCAGCCAAAACUGUCAUAACUGCUGCCCACUGUCUCAACACAUCGACGAAAAAUUAUCGCGCGCAAGAAGUGGUUCUAUAUUUGGGACGAUACAGUUUGAUCGAUUGGAGUGAAGUCGGUUCCAUAGCAACGAAUGUGGACCAAAUCAUUAUUCAUACAGACUAUAAACGACAAAGAGAAUCAUUUGAUGCUGAUAUUGCAAUUUUAGUAAUGACCAAACAGAUUGAAUUUAAUGAAUUCGUAAGACCCGCAUGUUUAUGGCCCGGUACUGUAGGCAUUCAAGAAAUAGAAGGAAAGAAUGGAGUUGUUGUUGGCUGGGGAAAAGAUGGAACGGAUCGAGUUGUUUCAAAUAUUCCGAAGAAAGUGAAUUUACCAAUUGUUAAUUCUAUAACAUGUGUUCAAACAAGCGAGUCAUUGUCCAAAGCUGUGUCCAAUCGUACAUUCUGUGCUGGAACACUCAAUGGCGAUGGUCCAUGCCAUGGGGAUUCAGGAGGUGGAUUGACUCAUUAUCAUAAUGAUCGUUGGACUUUGAGAGGUUCGAAAUAUAUAUAUAUAUAUAUAUCAGUGCAAAUGUUUAUUAACCCUCAGACGUGCACCUGGGGUCGGCCAGACCUUUUUCGCUUUUACUCGGUUUUUAACACAUUUCGAUGAUUCUACACGAAGCGGGACAAAAUUUGCAAAUGUUCUCUCCGAUUUCGCUCAAACUUGGUGUAUAAACUUGGUAUGGCCAACAAAUUAGGGUGAAAAAAUCGCACAAUCUCACCACAACUGCCCAAAAUACGGCAGUGCACCUACUUUUUUAUUAAAAACGAUUGCGUUUUCAAAUUCCUUGUCGAAAAUUAGCCCAAGAACGAUCGGUCCAAAUUUUUUUAAACCUUACCAUCACUCCAAAUAUACAGUCAGUCAAAAAAGUAUUCGGC